UGGACUGGUCUCAGUUUCACCCAUGUCCUGUUGAUGUCGCUGUCUGGAUUCAUAGUAGUCUCUUCUGGCUCUGUCCAGCUUGCUCUUAUAAUCAUGAAGGCGGUUCUGGUUGUAUUAGAUGGGUUAAAAGGAUGGAUGGAAAAGUUCCAAAUAGCUAAAAGACCUCAGGCAUCACCCCGGGUGUUAGGGUGUUUUGCAUAUGUGCCUUGUCUCACCCAGGCUUUCCCCAUGGGACUUUAUUUUGGAAAGAAAUCUGUACAGUACUCGAAGGCGAGAGACAAAUAACUCUUUGGUCCCGUUUUUUAUUGUGCCAUGAAUUACACAUGUGAUGUUUGUCAAUUUAAAGCAAAAUCUUCGGCUCGGUGAACCACAUCUCUCGUCUCGCACAGUGCACUUCACCAGCAUGCCCGUUAACUUGGCUUGCACAUGUGUAACGUUUAGCUUACCUGAUGUGUUUUAUUCAACGGCUCUUUUUACCUGAAAGAAGAAGGAGCGAGACCUGUUUGUCUGAGUACGACCCGGUACCGUAGCUUCAGCCCCAGACGUCACUUACGCGACUUUUAAUUAUGUAGUCUUUCAAAUUAAGUCUUGUACUUCAACAGUUCAAUGACGAAAUGAGACUUUCUUGACUAGCACAAUUAUCUUUUCAACUGAGAAACAUCAUAUGAGUAAUUCAUGGCCCAAUUCAAAAUGGAUCAAAAAAUGAUUUGUACACUGCAGACUUUGCCUGUCUAUUGGAAGCAAUGGUUGCUGAAAGACGACUUCUGCAAGAUUGAACGGCCAACCGUGCGAUUAAUGAACCACAGCUGUAAAUAACAAUAAAAAGUGAUCUUUAAACACUCAAACACUCCGAUUGCCUCUCUGCAGUCUCGGUCCAGAGCCAUUUCUCUUUGAGCGCCCACCUCUGCUGGCUGUAUCAGCAGUGUGUGUGCGCCCACGCGCCUCCUCACUCUGCAACCAGUGUAGCUGGAGGCUCUUUCGUUGGUGACUCUGGCUGCCAACAUGCCGCGGCAGCCGGGAGCGAUGAAGGCUUUUGGGAAUUUACUGGUGACAGGAACUCUGCAUGGAGUUGGCAGAGUUGACCUGCAGGGACCCUCGGAGUGGAGUCACAUCACCGAAGUAGACGGGAUGAAAUAUUAACUCUUUUUAAUAUCCUGCCUAAUAACUGUGUUGACACGCGCCAUGAGUUACCUCCUGCAGGAAUGUCAUGGCAUUUGGAUAAUUAGCUGUAAAUAUUAUUUUAUUAUACCUCGCCAUCAUAACGUAUUUUUUAUAGUACCAAAGGUUAGGCGGUAAUGUUACCUGGCUUAUUAUGGAGCUAAAUACAGGUGUGUUAUAGGUGGUGGUGGGUUAAAAGGGACCCGACCAAGAGAAUCGCUGCAAGAGCCAGUGUGUCUGCACAGAGACCAAUUAAUUUACACUUCAAGUCAUCCCGCCCGCAUGCCUGCAUCCACUUGGCACAAAUACUUGGCUCAUUUAGAAAAGCCAGAACGCUCUCCUCCAUAUACUCCUUUGCGAGUGAUGUUUGUUUUUGUUUGAAGAACCUGACAGAGUUUUCUGUUUUGAGAAGUAAGUGGGGUAAUGUUCCCGCUAGUUGGUAGAGGGACAGAGGUCCCAGUCUGAUGAACACACACACAAACUGAUAAUUGCUUUUGCGUCAUGUUUGUGUACACCACCUCCUCGGUGGCCGCACUGCAACACAUGCCUGAAGCAUGUGUUUUUUUUAGGGUUUUUUUUUCCAAGCUCCAAAAUAUGAAGAUGAUUUUAAACAGCACAGAGUGAAAUUCUUUGCAUUUUACUGUCAGGCUUUGGAUAAUGGGAAACAGCCUCGGGGAGCUUGAAAAACAGGUUUAGAGAUUUUUCUGUGAACCGAAAUCGAAAUCCCCCAAAAAAUCCAGUGUCAUACAUUGGGAUUUCAACACAUCAGUCGUGUAAGCAUCCCCUCAUAAUUAAGUAAUUACACUGAAGUGAUAGCGAUGGCAUUAUUAGUUGUUUGAGUCUCCAAUUAAACAGUUUCGGUGGCUGUCAUUCCUGCUGGCUGGGCUCCCUGUUGGCACAGGAUCUGGCUGGCAGUGUAAAUAGCAGUACAAAGCUGACAGCUGUCUGAUAAAUUAUGCACAGCCCAGUGUUUCAGAGGUGGAUACACACACACACACACACACACACACAGGCACCCACAUGCAUACACAGAUCCUCAUGCCGCUCAGGCCCCAGCGGUACAGUUGAGAGGGACUGGAGACUCAUUAAACCCCGUCCCCUCCUCUGUGGUUACCGAGCGUCUCUCCGUCUCGCGUGUCCGUCGUCUUCGCACCUUCUUUUUAACAUCCCUUGUGUUCGCUCCGGCUCCCUCUUUCUGCUCCCGUUCGCUCAUCUGGUAUCUCCAUUAACACGGGGGCAUUGUAGCUCCCCUCUCCUCUCGUAUCGUCUACAGAUUAGAGGGCUGAAACCAAACCAUUUGAAGGGGGACAAAUAUAUAUACAGCCAAAAUCAACUCGGUGGAGGCCUAAUCCCGGUCUACAGGGAAAAUCAAUGCUCCAGACAGGAGUCUUAUUCAGCAGUUCAGUGUGACAUCUUAUUUGUUCUGCGCACGAGCAAACUUUGCUUAGUUCCACUUUAUAAUAAAGCAGUGAAAUUAUCCAGGAAACCUUGUAAAGGUUCCAUAAUUUGUAGCUGAUGGCUUUAUUAAAGUUCGAUCGAUAAUUAUCUGCUUUAUAGGUUCAUUGUAAACCAUUAUUAAUAACGUUUGGUUUGCUCCAGCAUAACACUUGAUCUUGCUUUUAACACUUAAUGAAAUACUUCAUUAAAGGGGAAUUCUGGGGAUUUAGUUUUGAAUUUGCUAAAAACAGAUUAAAAGAUAAAUGGUCGAAAUCGAGCAGCAGCCAAGAUGGUUUCACUUGCGAUCUCUAGUAUGGAUCCAGCUCCAAAAAUGCUGGAUCCCACAUCCUCCAUAAUAUCACUACCUAUAACUGCAGACUCAGUGACUUUUUGUCAAGUGAAAAACACCAACUUCAUAAAGGGGACCUUACUAGAAGGUGGUACACUUGGCUUUAAGUAGCGUCCCACUUGAGACAAGUCUGUCCCUGCAGUCAUGUCGGAAAAAGGGAAAUUUAAGCAUCUGCCUGUUUGUGUUACUCAGCAUUUGUGGUUUCACCCCACAAAAAUAAUACAGUUGACAGUGGAAAGUCCGGAUUUUUUCUUUCUUCUGGCCUCAAGUAUUAUGACGUGAAGUGGCGUUAAUCCAGCUUCUGCUGAUGCACAAAACAAUGACUCUCUAUACAAAUGAGAAGCCACACUAGGACAUUCCCUUCAUGGAUUCACAAUAUGUGGCCAAUUUAGUUUUCCCCUCGUCACUCUAUCGUUCCUCGUCCUCCCUCCUCCCUCCCCUCAUCCUGCCGUCUGGACAGUGCAUUAGAGUCGUGCGAGAGGACCUGGACAUCAUGCUUUUUCCUUGUGUUAUCACAAUCAGCCAUCGGUGUCCUGUUUCUCCACAUGUUGCCACGUUGUCACCUUCUGCGUUGUCUCCACUCCCUGUUAAGUCCACCUUUUAAAAAAAACAAACAUCUUUCUCCGUUCGUAUCAUCGAGAUUUGGCUUCCCACGAUGUAGAGAUACAUGGCUUGGCAUUUUGCCACGUGCCAAGAUGAAAUGCUGAGGUCAGGUUACAUUAAUUUCGGCGGACCUGCAGUGCCUCCAUCAUGUGGACUGAAGACAGUGAGGGUUAAUGGAUAUGCAAUUACUCCCCAGUCACACACUGUAAAACUUGAGAUAAUCAUAAAAGGUAUAGUUUCUUUGGAAACGUGCUUUAUCACCAUUUUGCUCAGUUGUGCGUUUAACUUGCAGUGGUUUGAACCACAGGCGGUGCCUAAAAUAAAUAAAAAGAGUGGCCUGUGUGGAAAAGUUGAAACAGAAUUCACUUUUGGAAAAAUGCAACACAAUGUCAAGCUGCGGUGGCCAAUCACGUGACCAGCGAUCCAGAGCUGUGCAGCCAGCCAUGAGGGAACAAAAGACUUUGUGCCUAGAAGACUUCGUGCUUCGUGUUGUAGCGCUGCCACGCCUGAUUUUGGCCCAUCCCAGACUAUUUCUUGACCAGCAAAGAAAUAGUCCUGCACAUACCGUAAAAAGAUCAUUUGUGCUCUUCCUUGGGUCCCCAGCAAUGCACCCGCCAAGUGUGAAGUAGAUCAGGUGAACGGUUCUGGAGAUACGCGAAGGACACACAGGCAGACAGACGGAGAUUCCUGGCUUUGUAGUUGGAUGUGAGGAGCAUAAAGAGCUCAGAGGGUGGGGAGACGAUGUGUUAGAGACACCGUACGCCAUCUGAUCCCACCGCGGCUCUAGUUAAAGCCUUGACUCCUAAACUGGGCCCAGUGGGACGCCGAAACAACACCAGGCAUUCUCUAUAAAUAUCAAUGAUCCAACCAAGCAUAGAUCAAAUGCACAGGAUCCAAGCGCCACGUUGCUAAUUGGUAGGGGAUGUGGUAACCUCUAGCCCUCCUGUCUCUAUUAAAAAAUAGUAAAUGUGGAUGCUGAUGAUAACAAACCGCACGACAUUGUUAUCGUUUGGUCUCGCUCACGCUGAGAUAGGAACCUCCGAACACUGUGUCACCGUCUGGACCAGUAAUGAAUGAAAGCUGAAGUGUGCGUGUUUCUCUCCGCUGAGCCCACAGAUCAAACCUCAGGGACGGAGGAGAGGGGGGGGGGGGUUUCGUCACCAGCGAGGGCAAGACAUUUAAUCAGCACCUGCAAAAUUAAAUCACUGAACACAAUGACGGCCAGUGUGCAUUCAGGUUCUCUGCUCUGUGUUUCACUCCGGCUGAUUAUUCAUUAAUACACAGGUUUUGGGGUUUUUCCUGCAACAACUGCCAUAAUCUUUAGUGCGGCCGUUCAUAUCCGAGCAGCAUCUGCGUUUUUUUUUUGACUUUGUGAAUUGGACAAUCUCAGUGUGAGAGCGAGAUUAGCCGAUCCCAGCCCCGGGCACAACAGCACGGCUAAUGUGAGCGUAGAAUUAGUUCGUCAUGCUGCUGCUGGAUGAAAGUGUGAGCCUCGCGCCCGGACGAGCAAAGCCUGCAGUAAUUAUGAAUGAUUGUUAAGUUCACACAGAUACCUUCGCCGUUUGCCCGAGGCAACGUUUUGUCACCAUCGCUUCUUCUGCCUGAAGGAUCUCAUUUUAGGAUCUCUCUCUUUUCUUUCUUUUUUUUUGAUUUUCCAGUGCUCUGCGUGUUCAUGGUUGUGGGAAAAAGAUGAGGAUUUAUUUGAACACAGCCUUUGGUUAACAGCUGUUGGACGGAAUACAAAUAUGGAUUAAAUGGGAAAGUGAAAUCUCAUUAGCCAAAAUCCCAUCCAAGUAUUUUUAUGUAAAUUAUAAAUUGUGGAAGUGAAUAGAAAUGGUGAAUUCUGAGAGAGUAAAAACUUUGCUCAGGGGUGCUUUUUCAGCCAAUACACAAAUUGUGCCCGAACAACCUGCGGCAGUGCAUUUAACAAAAUACCGCAGCGGUGUUUGUCGCCAAAACCUUCCAGAAAUGCUGGACAUACAUUCACACCAAUGGACAACCUGAGAGCAGCUUUCAUGUUGCUCGGUGUCUCUGAUGUGGUUUUAUUCCACGUGAUGUGAAGCCUUCGCAGUUUGUCUUCUGUGGUAUUUGAAAAGAUUUGCAUAACAUUUUCUUUACAUUUGACUGGAAACCUUCGAGCCUCACCAAAAAAAAAUGCAGCUGUCUCGAAAAGGGUGCAGGAAGGAAGUGUGGAAGCGCUGAUAGAUAGGGAUCAGCGGACACAUCUGGCAGGAGGAAAUCACCAGCAGGCGUGGUUCCAUCCCCCUCCUGCCACGGAGCCUAUCCAGGUAUGUGGCUUAUCGCCGCGGAAUUAAUUGAACCGAAAUCGCAGCGAGAGUGGGAUUGAAUCAUGAAGGGGUGAACAGAGACACCAUAGGGUCAAUUACUGCACCCUGGUUCCAUUAGCUGCGUUUCCACCAAGAUGUUUCUCGUGAUUUUAGGCCCGGGACUACUUUCUUUAGGAACUAAAAGGUUCCUUCUGCCUAUUGCUGUCUGCAGUUCCAUAUAUCAUCAUUCUGAUAAUCAAAUCACCGCCGCGCUGUCUCUCUCUCUUCUACCUCUCUCCUUUGCAGCUCGCUCGCAAUUUCUUUCUUUUUUAAAUGAGUCGGAAAGCAGACAGAAAAGCCCCAACUUUACUUUUAAUGUAAUCAAACAAAGAGAAAUUCUCUCCCCAUCGUCCUAAAAUGGUCCUAAAUCUUGUUGGUUUUAUAAAUGAAGCACGAGUUGAAGCAGCGGCGCUGUGUGUGUGUUUGACUAAUCGGGGACAAUCAUCACUUCAAACCCAACCCCGAAAGUUCCUGUACUUUCAGAAAGUACCACCCUUGAACAGAGCCUUUUUCGUCCCAGGAACUUUACUUCGACCCUGGUCCCUGCGGUCGAAAAGCACUUCUUUUAAAAGGUUUCCAGUCUUUGGGGAAAGUUCCUGCGUUCCAAAAGGGUUUAUUAACUCUGUACCACGUCUUCUGCCUGUAGAAAUGUAAAGUGUUCCAUCUCUGACCCUUACGGAUUCAUUGCCCUGAAAUGUCUUCAAUGUGUCUUUGGUCGGCUGUGUGUGUGUGUCCACCAGAGCACACAGCAGGACAGAUGCCAGGUCUGCCUUAUGGAGACAUACCUGUUGUCUGCACACAGGGCAGCAAGAAGGACCCAGAGAACGUUACCGUAUGGUGCUGAGCACAAGACGCUCCGCUGGGUUGAGGGCUUGUUGUGCCUGCACUGGAGAGGGACAGCAUAAACAUGUAGCUGGUUUAUUUGUUUCACCUGGCUUUGGGCCUGUGUAUUUGGAGAGACAGGAAAGAAUGCACAGUCUCUUUCUGCUGGAUUAGUGUACCAGAGGUCACCAAGCGCUCAUUUAACUGGGGCACGGCAAAAGGGUUUGAAUCACAAGUAUGUGGAGCUCGAUCCUGAAAUCAUGGAUGAAGGUCUUCUUGUCCCACUUUGGAUUUCAAACUAAAAGUAAUUUAAUAAGGAGGACUUCAUCUCACACGUUGGGCCCCCCCCCCCUCAUGAAUAAUCAAUGAGCGGCCGCUUAAUAAACAUGAGGAGGGGGGCGUGUGCUAGGCCGAGCUCUGGCUGCUGGGCCCCGUGAAGCUCAGCAGAAAGCUGGAGGGACGUCGAAGAGGGAGGGAGCAUGUGAGGCGAGGAAGGGUAGGGGGGGUAAGAGAGAGAGAGAGAGAGAGAGAGAGACGAGGCUGAGCGGAGAGAUCCAGCCACAAGCCGGGGGUGGGAAGCCAAUCCUGUCGGCCCCCUCAGAGUUGUCGUGUGUCUGCGAGCGGACGGAGGCAGUCCGUUGAGGGAGCAGAAGGAGAACAGAUCUGCUUCCACCGUCUCGAGUGGCCGGAGGGGGGGGGAGCCUGGAUGGUGUGAUCUCCUCCACCAUGGGAUGCAGCCUCUGUACCCUGCAGAAGCCCGAGGAGCAUUAUAAACUACUCUAUGAAGUCUGCCAGGUCAAUGGCAAGGACCUCUCCAAGACCACCCACGACCAGGCGGUGGAGGCCUUCCGCACGGCCAAGGAGCCCAUCGUGGUCCAGGUUCUGCGCCGAGCCCCGCAUCCCAAAGAAGCGGUCGGCCCGGCUGGUGACGCCCAGGUCUCGGACAUCAGCACCCAGACGGACAUCACCCUCCAGCACAUCAUGGCCCUUACAAAGCUCUCCCCCUCUUCACCCCCCAUGACGGAGCUGGAGGAGUAUCUGCUCCCAGAGGAGCAUCCUCCACAUGGAUACUUUGACCCCAACGACUUCCUGGUGGCCAUGCAGCAGGACAUAGAGCGCGAGGAGCUGGAAUAUGAGGAAGUGGAUUUAUACCGAGCCAACAUCCAAGACAAGCUCGGCCUGACGAUCUGUUACAGGACUGACGAUGAGGACGAGGCUGGGAUCUACAUUAGUGAGAUUGAUCCAAACAGCAUUGCUGCAAAGGACGGCAGAAUUAGAGAAGGGGACAAAAUCAUUCAGAUCAAUGGUAUUGAGAUCCAGAACCGGGAGGAUGCUGUAGCGCUGCUGACCAGUGAGGGGAACCAGAAUGUGUCUCUGCUGGUGGCCAGACCAGAGAUCCAGCUGGACGAGGGCUGGAUGGAUGAUGACAGGAACGACUUCCUGGAUGACCUCCACAUGGACAUGCUGGAGCAGCAGCACCAUCAGGCCAUGCAGUUCACCGCCAGCAUGCUGCAGCAGAAGAAGCACGAGGAGGACGGGGGCACCACGGACACGGCCACCCUGCUGUCCAACCACCACGAGAAGGACAGCGGCGUUGGUCGCACGGACGAGAGCACGCGGAACGACGAGAGCUCGGAGCAGGAGAACCUCGGCGACGACCAGACCACGGCCUCCAACACGCUGGGCAGCUGCAGAAAGCUCGCCUACAGCCAGGACACCCUCGGCAGCAGCGACCUGCCCUUCAGCAGCGAGUCCUUCAUCUCCGCGGACUACGCCGACGCCGACUUCCUAGGCAUCCCGGCUGACGAGUGCGAGCGCUUCAGGGAACUCCUGGAGCUGAAGUGCCAGAUGAGGAACAGCGGGGCCCAGGGUCUUUACUACCAGGGCGUAGCAGGUCAGGACCAAGAGGGUGUGGACAAGGAGCUGGAGAUGCUCAACGAGGAGCUGCGCACCAUCGAGCUGGAGUGCUUGAAUAUCGUGCGCGCUCACAAGAUGCAGCAGCUGAGGGAGCAGUGCCGCGAGUCCUGGAUGCUCCACAACAGCGGCUUCCGUAACUACAACACCAGCAUCGACGCGGGCCACCACGAGCUCUCAGACAUCACAGAGCUGCCGGAGAAAUCGGACAAAGACAGCUCCAGCGCGUACAACACUGGCGAGAGCUGCCGCAGCACCCCUCUCACGUUGGAGCUGUCUCCAGACAACUCGCUCCGACGAGAGGCAGAGAAUCAGGGUCCGGCUGGACCGUCGGGCUCCACCAGCUCUAACGGCAAUGACCCCAAACCUCUCAUGUCCCCCGUCCAAGAAGCCAGCGGCCCCAGCCGGAGCAGAGGCUCCACCAAGGAUCCAGAUGGAUCCCCGCCGGCAGAGAGCAAGGAGCGGAAGCAACAUUCGCCGUACAAGCAUGCCCACAUCCCUGCCCAUGCCCAGCACUACCAGAGCUACAUGCAGCUGAUCCAGCAGAAAUCCGCCGUUGAGUACGCCCAGAGCCAGAUGAGCCUGGUCAGCAUGUGCCGGGACCCCAUCGGCCCCGGCGACCUGGACCCCAAGAUGGAGUGGAAGGUGAAGAUCCGCAGCGACGGCACGCGCUACAUCACCAAGCGGCCUGUGCGGGACAAGCUGCUGAGGGAGCGCGCCCUGCGCAUCCACGCGGAGCGCAGCGGCAUGACCACGGACGACGACGCCAUCAGCGAGCUGAAGAUGGGCCGCUACUGGAGCAAGGAGGAGAGGAAGCAGCACGCAGUCCGCUCCAAAGAGCAGAGGCAGCGCCGCGAGUUCAUGAAGCAGAGCCGAGCGGACUGCCUGAAGGAGCAGUCGGGCCCAGACGACAGGAGGGAACCCAACAUCAUCGAACUCAGCCACAAAAAGAUGAUGAAAAAGAGAAAUAAGAAAAUAUUUGACAACUGGAUGACCAUCCAGGAACUGCUGACCCACGGUGCCAAGUCACCAGAUGGCACAAGGGUUUACAACUCACUCCUGUCUGUGACCACAGUGUAAGUCUGGUUCCGAGUUCAGGUGGCGGGCCAGCCAGAGGAGGACGGACCGGAGGGUAACGGACUGUACAUAGGACACUACCAGGUGGGGUAGAGAUUCCUGCCUCGUUCAAUGUGGCAACAUUUUGUAAAUAGGAAAUAAGGAGAGCCUUUCUUGGACGAACGUUGUCCACCACUGCAGUGAAGAGAAGGUCUUUAUGACGAUGGUUGGACUCGACAUGAAUGGGACAUGGCUUUGAGGAUGCUUUUGGAAGCUUUUUUUGUUUUUUUUCAAAUUCUUCAAUAACAUUUUCUACCUUUUUGUGCUCUUUUGAAUAUUUUUUGGAAGGUUUUUUGAAGGUGUAUAAAGACCGCGUGCCAUAAGUAAACAGCCAGCAUUUACACUAUUUUACAUUAUUUUGUUCGUACUAUAUAUCUCUUAUCAGUAUUUUACUGUUAUGCAUACUUAAUGCUUUUAUGGAAACAAUGCUAUUUUCCUGCAAGGUAGAACACAUAAUCCUUUUCAAAAGGACUUUUGUAAAUUAAAAAAAAUUCAAUUUUUGUAACAAAUCCACUUUUUUAGUGUUAAUUUCUCUCUAAUGGUGCUGAUUUCCCAAAGUUAAUACCACCCGCGAUGUACCAUCCGUUACAUAAUGUAGAGGACGUCAUAACGUGAUGUCAUUGUGCAUGUACCUAUCUUUAGACAAAGAUGUUUCCUCGCAUUGGAACUUAAAUGUCUGUGUUUGUUAAGACACACGUCGUAGUCGCUUUUGCUUUCUUAGGGUUUCAUGCAUCGGACGGAAUAACAGCUUAACAAAUCCUUAGUUAGCCUCACAAUUUGAUGUCUUGUAAAAUGAGAGAAAUAAUAAAUUAUUGUUUUAUAUAUGAUGAGCUUUCA